GUGAUGAGUAGGAUUCUGUUUCCACAUGUAAAGGUGAUAAAAAAAAAAGCUUUCCAAUCCUAGUUUGAAAAUUCAAACAUUUAUUUUAUGGAAAAUAUAAAUAAAUGUUUCUGGACGAUUCUGGCAACAUGACAAAGCGGCGCAUAUUACAGUUCGAUUUGAGAUGGGCGCUCCUCCCGUUAACGUUGCCCGGAUCAGUGUAAUAGAACUCCCUCAUUGAUUGUCGCUCGGGAAAGAAGCUGGGUUGGGUCCACGGAAUUUCAUACAGAGCCAGUUUUCUGCAACUGCACCACACAUUUCUUUAGCUUUUUCAUAUUAACAUAAGCUUGAGGUACAUGCAUCGCUUAUUUUUAACAAGUAGUUAGCUAGUGCCGAUGGUCUGAACCAAUUUAAACAGAGUCGGUAACCUAUCGUGCAUUCAUUUUCGACGAAAGCAAAACGAGUGCGAAUGACGAGAACGCAUUAGCUAAACUAGUUUUCAAUAGGUUUUCAACCUAACUAGCUAGCUGAAAUAUAACCAGACAUGGACGACAAGUCAUUUACUAAGGAAUUGGAUGGGUGGAUUGAGCAACUCGGCGAAUGCAAGCAGCUCUCGGAAAACCAAGUGAAAGCCCUUUGCGAGAAGGCCAAGGAGAUCCUGACGAAGGAGUCUAAUGUGCAGGAGGUGAGAUGUCCGGUCACCGUGUGCGGAGAUGUCCACGGACAGUUCCAUGACUUGGUGGAGCUGUUUAAAAUCGGAGGGAAGUCUCCGGACACCAACUACCUCUUCAUGGGAGACUAUGUGGACAGGGGCUACUAUUCUGUAGAGACAGUCAGCCUCCUGGUAUCUCUCAAGGUGAGGUACCGUGAGCGAAUCACCAUCCUCCGAGGGAACCACGAGAGCAGACAGAUCACCCAGGUGUACGGCUUCUACGACGAGUGUUUAAGGAAAUACGGAAACGCCAACGUCUGGAAGUACUUCACAGACUUAUUUGACUACCUGCCCCUCACUGCCCUGGUAGAUAACCAGAUCUUCUGUCUCCACGGUGGACUGUCCCCCUCUAUAGACACACUGGAACAUAUCAGAGCGCUGGAUCGCUUACAGGAAGUUCCUCAUGAGGGUCCGAUGUGUGACCUGCUGUGGUCAGACCCCGAUGACCGUGGUGGCUGGGGCAUCUCUCCCCGCGGUGCCGGCUACACCUUUGGACAGGACAUCUCGGAGACCUUCAACCAUGCUAACGGACUCACCCUGGUCUCCAGAGCUCACCAGCUGGUCAUGGAGGGUUAUAACUGGUGCCAUGACCGUAACGUAGUGACUAUCUUCAGUGCACCCAAUUACUGCUAUCGCUGUGGAAACCAGGCCGCCAUCAUGGAGCUGGAUGACACGCUCAAGUACUCCUUCCUUCAGUUUGACCCCGCCCCUCGCAGAGGAGAGCCCCAUGUGACCCGUCGUACUCCUGACUACUUCCUGUAAAAGAUCGCAAUGCGUGUAAAGCUGUAGAAUCUUCUUUGUCAACGUGAAGGAGAAGGUGGGGAAAAGGGAGCAACCGACCAUCGGUAUAGAGUUGUGACAAAUUCAGCAUCCAUGGACCAAAAAGUGUGCCAUAAUUUCACCUUUAAAGAAGACCACACAGCCUACACCCGCCACAGUCCACUUCCUACUCUCUCUCUCUGCAUGUUGUAUUUAUGUCUCUGAAAAGGAUUCUUCAUUAUAAAGACUACAGUAUAUAUACAUAUAUAUAUAUAUAUAUAUAUAGUUAAAAGGGUGCCAUUUUGGAAGGAGCCAGUCUCACAGUACCUGCUGGUUUUGUCAGGUAAAAUAUCUGCUUUGAAUGAAUGCAUCUGCUGAGAUUAAUGCUUAAAUGUAACCCUUGUGUUAGGAGCGUAAUUAAGAUAUAGAAUGGUUUGCCAGAACUAAACUCGGCAUGGCCUCCAACUGGAUGUUUGUGGUAAACAUGAUAUGUUGUGACAUUAUUUCAAACAGAAAUUCAAUGGCUUUUUUUUUGUGUGUGUGAAUUUAAAUCACUUUUCAGGGUUGGGUGGAAUUUAAUUAUUUGUUUGCACUUUUGUAUUUAAUUUUUUAAUCACAUGACACUGACAAACUACAGCAUUCUGUUUUCUAUUUCACCCCCAGAAAAUAGUGUUUCUGUCACUCACCUGUCACUGUGACUGACAUCUAUUUCAGUUAGGAAUACCUGUACAAAAUUAUAUCCCUUGUAAUACACUGAACAAAAAUAUAAACGCAACAUGUAAAGUGCUGGUCCCGUGUUUCAUGAGCUGAAAUUAAAGACCACAGAAAUGUUCCAUACGCACAAAAACCUUUUCUCAAAAAUGUUGUGCACAUUUUGUCCUUGGUCAAGAUAAUCCAUCCACCUGACAGGUGUGGCAUAUUAAACAGCAUGAUCAUUACAGAUGGACUUUGUGCUGGGGACGAAAGGCCACAGUUAUGUCAUAACACAAUGCCACAGAUGUCUCAAUGUGCAAUUGGCAUGAUGAAUGCAGGAAUGUCCACUUCUCUGCCGUAAACUGCCUCGGAGAAUUUGGCAGUAUGUCCAACCGGCCUUGUAACCACGCCAGUCCAGGACCUCCACAUCCGGCUUCUUCACCUGCGGGAUUGUCAGAGGGAGGGGUGCUGAGGAGUAUUUCUGUCUGUAAUAAAUCAUCCUGAUAGGCUGAGCCUGGCUCCCAAGUGGGUGGACCUAUGCCCUCACAGGCCCAAUCAUGGCUGCAUCCCUAAACAGUCGUGAAAUCCAUAGAUUAGGGCCUAAUUAAUUAUUUCAAUUGACUGAUUUCCUUAUGAACUGUAACUCAGCAAAAUAUUUAAAAUUGUUGCAUGUUGCCUUUAUGUUUUCGGUUUAGUAUAGAUACGUCUCUGCUAUACAAUAAAGAUUGAAGUUGCUCCUU